CCGUUCAGUUCGAGACGGACGCUCGCGGUGAGAGAUUCUUCUGCGCUUUCGCUGACGGCUGCUGUUGGUCGUUGGGCUGUUGUUGGCCUUCCGCCUUUUGGUGUUCGGUUUUCUGGGCAGUUUUCCCCGUGUGUAACUUUUCCUGGCUUGUGUCGGAUUCCAAGCGCCAUUUUUCCGGGUUUUAAGGAGGAUUUCUUCAAAAUAGGGAUUGGGGUUUCGGGGUUCGCGUCCGUGUUCUAACCGUGGUGUGGUGGAGUGCGUUGUGUGUCGUGUCUAGUGUUGGUGCCCCAGUGCCCGAGGGCCCUUGUGACACGGAUGCUGGGCGCAGAAAAAGUGGUGCAAAACGACGGCAAGGGGGGGAAGGAAAAGUGUCAAAAAGUGGGUGAAUUUUUCACGUUCUGACGUUUGUUGGCCUGCAGGAAGAGCCAGGAAUAAUCGGAAUUCUGCCUUGCGGGGAUAAUCCGGCAGCUCGGUAGGUCGGUGUCGUCUUCGUCGCGGGUGUUUCGCUCGGUCGUUCGCGUAGCCGUCACCGUCGUCGUGGAUGCUUUGGCCGGAAGUGAAAUUUGACGGAAGGUAGCUGUGGCAUCUAUCGCUGGAUGCUGGGAAAAGCUGGGAUGGAAGAUGCUUUUUGCUUGUGAUAACUGAUGUUGUGGUCCGUCGUUAAGUGUAGCGUAGUUAAAGUGAAUUAAUACGGGUAACAAAGUGUUCAUCAAUAGCUGGAUGAUUGCCGUAUUGAAAAUCAGUGUCGUAGCUUCAACUAGUCCGGAAGCGGAGAGUAGUGAAUAGUGUGUCUCUCCCUAGAAGUGUGAAUGUCCUCCUAAGCAACAAAACUUCGAUUCAUCAUGAAGCAUUUGACAUCGUUUGUGGCAUUUGCCGCAUGGAUUCUGCUGGUGGCUGAAGCCCUUCCGGACAUCAUCCGAAUCGGUGGCCUCUUCCACCCGGAUGACGACCACCAGGAAAUAGCGUUCCGCUAUGCGGUCGAGAAAAUCAACUCGGACCGAACGAUACUGCCGCGGUCCAAGCUGUCGGCCCAGAUCGAACGGAUCUCGCCGCAGGACAGCUUCCUGGCGUCGAAGCGAGUGUGCCAUCUGUUGCGAGCUGGAGUGGCAGCCAUUUUCGGGCCGCAGUCGUCGCACACCGCCAGUCACGUCCAGAGCAUCUGCGAUACUAUGGAGAUUCCACACCUGGAAACACGCUGGGAUUAUCGACUGCGGCGUGAGAGUUGCCUGGUGAACCUCUAUCCACACCCGAGCACACUAUCGAAGGCCUACGUAGACCUAGUGGCAGCUUGGGGCUGGAAGUCCUUCACCAUCAUCUACGAAACGAACGAGGGCCUUGUGCGGAUGCAGGAACUCCUGAAAGCUCACGGACUGUCCGAAUAUCCCAUCACGGUCCGGCAACUCAGCGACUCGGGCGACUACCGACCCCUGCUCAAACAGAUCAAAAACUCGGCCGAGUCGCACAUUGUGCUGGAUUGUACCACCGAGAAAAUCUACGAGGUGCUCAAACAGGCUCAGCAGAUUGGCAUGAUGAGCGAUUACCACAGUUAUUUGAUCACGUCGCUGGACCUGCACACCAUCAGCCUGGACGAGUUCAAGUACGGUGGCACCAACAUCACCGCGUUCCGGUUGGUUGACCCGGAAAAUCCGGAGGUGGCACAAGCGAUCCACAACUGGACCCUGGGUGAGGCGCGGCUUGGCAAGAAGAUUGACUUCAAAACAACGGAAAACGUGACUGUUAUUAAGGCCGAGACCGCGCUGAUGUACGAUGCCGUCCACCUGUUCGCGAAAGCCCUGCACGAUCUGGACACCAGCCAGCAGAUUGACAUCCACCCGUUGUCCUGUGAUACGCAGGACACCUGGCCCCACGGAUACAGCCUGAUAAACUACAUGAAAAUCGUGGAAAUGCGUGGCCUCACCGACGUCAUCAAGUUCGACCACCAGGGCUUCCGAAGCGAUUUCGUGCUGGACAUUGUCGAGCUUGGGCCGCAGGGUUUGCGCAAGAGCGGCACGUGGAAUUCCACGUCCGGAGUGAAUUUCACCCGCAGCUACGGGGAACAGCAGAAGGAAAUUGUCGAGAUACUGCAGAACAAAACGCUCAUCGUGACGACCAUCCUGAGCUCGCCGUACUGCAUGCGAAAGGACUCGGCCGAAAAGCUGACCGGGAACUCGCAGUUCGAGGGCUAUGCCAUCGAUUUGAUACAUGAGGUUUCGAAAAUACUAGGGUUUAACUACACGAUCCGGUUGGCACCGGAUGGGCGGUAUGGCAGUCAGAACAAGGAGACACUCGAAUGGGACGGCAUGAUAAAGGAGCUGCUGGAGCAACGGGCGGACCUGGCCAUCGCCGAUCUCACCAUCACCUUCGACCGCGAGCAGGUGGUGGACUUUACGAUGCCAUUCAUGAAUCUGGGCAUUUCGGUGCUGUACCGAAAGCCGGUCAAACAGCCGCCGAAUCUGUUCUCCUUCCUGUCGCCGCUGUCGCUGGACGUGUGGAUCUACAUGGCAACGGCUUAUCUGGGCGUUUCCGUCCUGCUGUUCAUCCUGGCACGAUUCACACCGUACGAGUGGCCCACGCCAAACCCAUGCGAUCCACAUCCGGAAAAGCUGCAGACGCAGUUCACGCUCAUGAACUGCAUGUGGUUCGCCAUCGGCUCGCUGAUGCAGCAGGGAUGCGAUUUUCUGCCCAAGGCCGUCUCGACCCGGAUGGUCGCCGGCAUGUGGUGGUUCUUCACGCUGAUCAUGAUCAGCUCAUACACUGCCAACCUGGCUGCGUUCCUGACGGUCGAACGCAUGGACUCCCCGAUCGAGAGCGCCGAGGAUCUGGCCAAGCAGACCAAGAUCAAGUACGGGGCGUUGCGAGGUGGCAGCACGGCUGCCUUCUUCCGGGACUCGAACUUCUCCACGUACCAGCGGAUGUGGUCGUUCAUGGAGUCAACGCGGCCAUCGGUCUUCACAGCCAGCAACAUCGAAGGAGUGGAACGGGUCGUCAAGGGUAAGGGAAGCUACGCGUUCCUGAUGGAAUCGACCUCGAUCGAGUACGUCAUCGAGCGGAACUGCGAGCUGACCCAGGUCGGAGGGAUGCUCGACUCCAAGGGUUACGGAAUUGCGAUGCCACCGAAUUCUCCGUUCCGCACUGCCAUCAGUGGGGCGGUCCUGAAACUCCAAGAGGAGGGCAAGCUGCACAUUCUCAAAACUCGUUGGUGGAAGGAGAAACGAGGUGGCGGUUCUUGCAGGGACGAAACGUCCAAAUCCAGUUCCACCGCGAACGAGCUGGGACUGGCCAACGUGGGAGGAGUUUUCGUCGUACUCAUGGGCGGAAUGGGCGUGGCUUGCGUGAUUGCAGUGUGCGAGUUCGUGUGGAAGUCCCGAAAAGUAGCCGUUGAAGAGCGGGAGCCUUACCAGAAGAAGCAUCCUAAAGAGUGUAGAUUCGAGUAAAAAGCAACGAAGCAUUCCGAUCAACUGUAAAACGAAAUCGACGUUUUUCGAAACAAAAUCACCACAAUUCGCUUCUUUGUUUACAAACAGACUGCAAAACAACAAAGCCGGGUUGUACAAUCCUGUCUCCUUUAUGUCCUGUAAAAAUCACAGACUCAUACAAGGCGUUGCUUCGUUUCUACAAUUUAUGUUUUUCCAUACGUUGUGAAAAAAAAUGGAAAGCUUUCACAAAGAUAGUGUAAAAUUGAUGUAAAUACGAAGCUGAUAGUGUAACAGACUUUUUUGUUUAAAAAUUGUUCUGUGUUUUGCAAGCAAAGACACAUUUUCAAAACUUUUUCCCGCAUAUCUUUUUGCAACAGAAACAACAGCUAUACUAAACAGAACCUCGCGUGUUCACAAACCGAGCGAACGAACCCUGCCAAGCACAACAAAAACAAAUCAACGUGCAUUCUGAAUCAGAACCCAUACAGAUCAAUCAGAUAAACAGAACAGCUUUCCCCCUCUCAAAAAAAUCAACCAAAACCAACCAGUCCAACAAAAAAAAAACAAACACGAUUUCCAAAAU